UGAUAAAAAGAAGUACACUUCUACUCUGAGCCUCUGAAUGUGCUUCUUCCUCUCUCUCUCUCUCUUAUCACUUGAUCUUUAAUCCUCUCAGUCUAUCAUUUGCCGUCAGCAAAACUUCUGACAAUGGAAGCAAUCAGAUUCUCAAACUUGUCAGCUCUUCUUAUACUGCUACUACUGUCACUGUCUCUCUGCGUGACGUCAAAGGACCAAACUGUUUCUUGCACAAUGUGUUCCUCUUGCGACAAUCCAUGUAACCCUGUCCCGACGUCUUCUCCUCCUCCUCCUCCUACUCCUCCAAGCUCCUCCGGCGGAAGCGGCGGCGGCUCUUAUUACUAUUCUCCUCCUCCUCCUCCUUCAAGUUCAGGUGGUGGUAAAUACCCUCCUCCGUACGGAGGAUAUGGAGACGGUGGACAAAGUUACUAUUAUCCGCCUGCUUCUUACGGCAACUUCCCGACGCCGCCUCCACCAAAUCCCAUCGUUCCUUAUUUUCCGUUUUACUAUCACAUUCCUCCUCCGGGUGAUUCUGGAUCGGAUCGUUUGUUGGGUUCUCUUCUCUUUGUUAUUUUCUCCCUCUUGCUUUGUUUUGGGUGACUGAGAAAGAUAAUUAUCCAAUGAAACCUUCUCUUUUACUUUUACUUUUUAACCAUGCUACUAUGUUUUACUUUCUGUUGACAAUUUGUAUUUAACGUUUCUUUAUUAACAUCGUAAUUAAUCGUUGGUAUGAA